UGUAUUGAUCCUGCGCGAGGAGCACGUUCGCGGGUGACAAGUGCGAUACAUACCAGAAGAGAGUUGCUGUUCACAAUGAAGCGGGGACCCGGCGAGAGUCGCAUCCCGCUAUUCCGGGCUGCGGCCGCCCCGCGGCAGGCGUUCGCCGCCCCCGCGCCGGCAGAGCCCGUCGCAGUGGAGGCGCACCUGCCCCACCUGCAGCAGCGGCCCCGCGCCCCGCAGGAGCUCGCGGAGGCGGCGCUCCGGCAGGCCGGACAGCUGCCCUCCGUGCCGGGGAAGGCCGGCCUCUCCCUGCACAGUCCUCCGCGGGCAGCAGGUGCCGGUGGCGGCGACUCGGGAGCGGACGUGGAUGGCGCCGAGGCGCCGGCAGCGCCCAAGGCGCACAAGGGUGCCGGCAGGGUAGCCACCAUAUUCGGAGCGCUGCGCAAGUUAGCGCCGCAGGCGGGGGGCGGCAAGAGAGAGGAGCCCGCGCCGCCCGCUGAGACCGCCAUGCCCGGCGACGGCGACGCCUGGCAGCGGUUCGUGGCGCCGCAGCUGCCCAGGCCGGCCAGGCCGAUUGGCGCCGCCCCCGCCGCCCCCGCCCCGGCGUUCGCCAGGUCUGCGCUGAGGAAGGGCGGGGAGCAGCCGCGGGGGGCGGCGCCGCCGCUGCCCAGGUCCGCGAGCGCGACGACGAAGCUCCACGAACGACACGGCGACACGUACACGGUGGCCUCGGGGCGCCAGACGGCGGCCACCCUGGCGCUGUACCGAGGCGUCGCCGACGACGACCCCGCACCGACGCCGGCGGCGUGCGGCGCGGUGCAGGAAGUGACGACCAACCCGGAGGAGCACUUCCAGAAUGCGGCUGCUGCGGGGGCGGCGUACCGCAAGCGGCCCUCGCUGCUCGGCCUGUUCGGCGGCGCCGCCCCCGCCAGCGGAGGCGUGGCCGUCGCAGUCGCCUCCACCUCCUCUGGUACCACCUCCCCCGUCGGCAGUGGCCAGAAAGCGCGCAAGGGCAGCGGCGGCCGCUGGCAGCCGCUCUACUCCUCGACGCCGUUCCGUCCACCGCCUGACGCCGGGACCGGGUCGGAGGCUGCCACGCCAGAAGACGAGAGGCUGCGCGUGCGCGCUGCCAGGUGCGCGGCGGCAGCGCCGCGCGCCGUGGCGCGAGGGCGUCUCGAGCAGGAGGAGCCCUGCCACGUGGCGCGCACGCGUCAAGAGCAGGAAGAGUCCGGUGGUGGUGGCGGUGGCGGCGGCGGCAGCAGCAGCACCAGCAGCCACAACAGUAGCAGCGGCGGCGGCGCUGGCCAGCGGCCCCGCUACUUGGAACACAGGGCGGGCUACACUUUCACCAUUCCCUCUGAGCCCUCUCCGCUGACAAAGUACGAGGGCCGGCACUCCUCGGCGGACCUCGGUGACUUCAAACAGCGUCAGUGGGACUCGCAGCCGGCACCGGCACCGGUGUUGGGAAUCGAGGACACGGAGGAGAUGGACGUGGACAACGACGACGACGACGACGAGAACUCGGUGGACCUGUCGUCGGAGCAGGCGGAGGAGCCGAGCAGCGGCGCUGGAGGCGGCGGUGGCGGCGGCGGCGGCGGGCUGGCCAACAGGCAGGGCUCGCUGGAGCUGGACGAGUCGCUGGGCAUCCUGACGCCCGACCAGAUGAAGGAGCCGUUCUCGCUGCUGGGCGACAGCGCCGCCACCUUCCUCUGCGGCAGCGCGCCCGCGCCGUGGGCCGGUGGCGAGAACUCGGUGCUGCGCAUGGACGCGCUGUGCCGCGAGGUGGUCUACGUGGACCAGUUCUCGUUUCCCGAGUACGACUCCAUCAUGGACACGGUGGAGGAGGGCGGCCGGGCGGCCCGGGCGGCGGCGUCGCCGCUGCCUCCGGCGUCCCCCUGCUCGGGGGCGGCGUCCGCCUCGGCGGCCGGCGACGGCGACGCCACGGAGCAGACGCUGUCGCCCGAGGAGCUGCCGGUGGACACGCCGGUGCGCGAGCAGGCCGCGCUGCUGGAGGACGACGACACCAAGACAGAGGACGCCUCCGACGCCACCACGCUGCUCACAGCGUCUUCGUCGGCGGAGCCGUCGUCGCGGUCGUCCGUGGCGGUGCCGCCCCCGCCGGCCGCCGCCCCCCAGCAAGGCCUCGCCGCCCCCGCGCCCGGCGCCACCCACGCCGCGCACUGCUUCGUCACGUCCGUCACCUCCAUCACCAGCCUCGACACCGGCUACCAGGGGGACGGCGAGAGCAGCCGCCCCGCUAGCCGCGGCGCCGAGCUGUCGUCGCCCCCCGGACCGCCGCCCAAGGCGCAGGUGGCGGCGGCGGCGGGCCACGGGCUGGCGCUGGCGCAGCCGCAGGACCCCAUGACCGACUCGGACUUCUUCACGGAGAGCGACGCCGACGGCCACGAGGAGGCCAGGGCGCCGCCCCCGACCGCCGCCCCCGCCGCCCUCGAGGAGCCGCCCUCGUCCUCCUCCAGCUCCGCCGCCGCCAGCUGCGGAGACCGCCGAGCACAGCUUUAUUUUUAUCUUGUUGUUUAUCUCAUGCAUGUACAAUCUCUGGGUCGAAAUGUUUAG